AUGAAGAAGAGGCUCCAAGCUCAACAAAACAUAGCACUCCGUGAGGCGGUGGACGCACCUUGGUAUGUACCUAACAGAUAUGACGAACUACGACAGGUACCGGUCGUAAUCCAGAUGAGAGAGAUGGCCCAAAAGUUGUUUGAAAAGAACCAAAGACAUCGAAAUGUGCUGAUUAAAGACGCCUUGGAUUACGAGCCAAGAACGUCAUGA